AUGUGUCCGCCUGGUGUCGCUGCUCCCCCCCCUCUCUCUCCCCUCUCAGUACCCAGGACACAGGAGGCGUUCCUGGUCACGUCCCUCUCUCAGCACCGGUGUCUCUCUCGCUCGCUGCCCGGGGCUCUGGUGCUGGGUCACUUCUCCUGGAGCUCUCCCACUCUCCACACGCACCAGUUCUGCCCGCUGCUCAUGCCCUCCGAGCCCGGGGGAGCACUCACCGAAACCCCGCAGACAUACAGACCAUAG